CUUAAAGCCGGGAGCCGGUGCCGGGCGCUGUGGCGGCCAGGAUGGGUUGGGAGCUCUGCUGCUGCGUGGCCGCUGCGCUCUGCGCCGUCGUCCGGGGACAGGACCCUGGGCUGUCCCGCCCCGCCCCUCACUUCGGCUCCAUCUACCACAUCAGAGGUGUCAUUCACCUGCCCUACGCCGAGAUCGAGGAGCCCUUCGAAGCUUGGUACAAUGAGACAGGGAACAAGAGCAGGAUCCAGUACUAUGGGGGGCAGGUGAUAACCUACCAGCUGGCAGCGGUGAAGCCAUACGGGAUGAGGUACAAGAUCACCCCAGAGACCACGGAGAAGGAGGUGAACGCCAGGAAGUGCUUCCAACUGCCUGGCUCCAAGGAGGACGUGGUCAGAGCUCAGAGCGUCCUCCCCAGCCUGGACGGCUUCAAGUUCCUGCGGGAGGAAUACCUGCAGGGCCAGUACUGUGCCGUCUGGCAGAACGUCACCCGCUGGGCACAGAAGAAGAACAUCUACACCCUGUGGGUGACCAACGCCAGCUGCGGGGUGGCGCCGGUGCGCUACGAGAUGCGAGGCUACAACAGCCUGCUGGGCUCCCACUACGACAAGUACCAGAUCGCCUACAGCCACUUCGACAACAGCUUCCCCCGCAGCAUCUUCGACCUCCCUGACAACGAGACGAAGCAGUGCGGGGACCUGCCCGGCAGCGCGGCGGAGCACCGGCUGCUGGCAAACCCCAUGGAGGACCUGGUGGGACGGCAGCAGCCCCGCGCCCAUGAGGUCUUCCACGAGUACCGCAGGCGGCUGGGCCGGCGCUACGGCUCGGCACGGGAGCUGCAGCACAGGCAGAGCAUCUUCGUGCACAACAUGAGGUUCGUGCACUCCAGGAACCGUGCAGCACUCCCCUACCGGCUGGCACUGAACCACCUGGCAGACCGCACACCGCGGGAGCUGGCAGCCCUGCGGGGCCGGCACCGCAGUGGGGUGCCCAACUCCGGGCAGCCCUUCCCCAGCCACCUCUACAGUGGCAUCAUCCUGCCCGAGAGCCUCGACUGGCGCAUGUAUGGUGCUGUGACACCCGUGAAGGACCAGGCUGUCUGUGGGUCCUGCUGGAGCUUUGCCACGACAGGUGCCAUGGAGGGUGCCCUCUUCCUCAAGACCGGCGUGCUGACCCCCCUGUCCCAACAAGUCCUCAUUGACUGCUCCUGGGGCUUCGGGAACUACGCCUGCGACGGGGGCGAGGAGUGGAGAGCCUACGAGUGGAUCAAGAAGCAUGGGGGCAUCGCCAGCACCGAGUCCUAUGGCACCUACAAGGGACAGAAUGGCCUGUGCCACUACAACCAGUCUGAGAUGCUGGGCAAGAUCAGUGGCUACGUCAACGUCACCUCGGGCAACAUCACAGCCCUCAAAGCUGCCAUCUACAAGCACGGCCCCGUGGCUGUCAGCAUCGAUGCCUCACACAAGACCUUCUCCUUUUACUCCAACGGCAUCUACUAUGAGCCCAAGUGCGCAAACGAGUCAGGGCAGCUGGACCACGCAGUGCUGGCCGUGGGCUACGGCGUCCUGCAGGGAGAGACCUACUGGCUGGUGAAGAACUCCUGGUCCACCUACUGGGGCAACGAUGGCUACAUCCUCAUGGCCAUGAAGGACAACAACUGUGGCGUGGCCACUGAAGCCACCUACCCCAUCCUGGCCUGAGCCCCCUCUUGGCCCUUCAGGGGCAGCCUUGGCAGUGCUCUUGCCACCUGCCUGGGACCAGCCCUUCAGAGUGAGACGGGGACAGGGUGGGACAGGGACAGGGCUGCUGGAGAAGGGACCCAGGUGUGGCCUUGCCAAUAAAUACCCUGGCAAAGCA